CAAUGAAACUGGAAGUAAUGGUGCUGCAGGGCCGCCGCCUCCGCCACCAAUGGUUACAAGUGUACCUGCAAAGAGACUACCUUCAGAGAUUCCAGAAAGAUCUAAUGAACCGCCUCUAUGUGUACAAAAUGCAAUGCUGACAAAAGACAAGAAGCCUUUCACCUACACUCCGGGUGGUAUCGAUUUGUCGCAAAUUCGAUCUCCUCGAAUGGCACGACGGAUAGUGCGAAACGCUCAAAGCGAAGGAGUGACCGAAACUCCAAAACCGUCGCCUUUGGCCGCCCAUAGCAGCGAGCCUUUGCCGCCAUCGGCACUGGCCGCAAUGCAGCCUCAAAUGCCAAUUCAAGUUUUUCCAUCCAAUCCUCCUGCACCAAGACCAAAAGCUCCAUCAAGAGCUCCACCACCUCCACCAAUUUUGAUGAGACCGUCACGUCUUCAAAAACAGCAGUCACCAGGACCGCAAGAUUCAUCUGAAAAUCCAGCGAUAAGUACUUCGCAAUCACCGGUUUAUAGCCCGCAAUCAGGUCCUGUUACACCACAAACUUCUAACAGUCCAGGAACUACUCCAACGCAGCUUACACCGAAACCUCAAGUUGCUUCUAAACCUGCGAUGGUGGUUCUCUGGUAA